AUGGCCGCCGCCACCGACCCAUGUCGCCGACUAACCCGGCCUCAAGCAACCUGUCGCUGUCGUCCUCUGCCUCCCCCAGCUGCCGCCGUCACCACCGGGCUCUCCCUUUGCUCCAGCACCUUUGUGUGCGGGUCGAGCUCCUUCAGCCGCUGCCGCUCCCCGCCGCCAGCCAAAGGGAGCACCAAACUCUUUUCGCCCUCCGCCGUCAACCCUAGCCAUAGAGUGCCGGAAGUUGACCGAGAACAGUUGGCGGUGUAUAAAUCAGGCUCAGGAAAAUUUGAUGAAUUCUAUGGUGCGAAAGCAACACUAAACGUUUAUGGUUUUCCCAAUUUAAAAGGCCAAGAAAGUAGCUCAGCAGUUAUUUGGAUCUUAAAUAAUGCAGAUAAUCAACUUAAUGUAAUCACAACAGGAUGGCAUGUAUAUCCCGAGCUAUACGGUGAUACACAGACUCACUUCUUUACACUUUGGGCGGUAGAUGAGCAAUCUUCUACAGGAUGCUAUAAUCUUCAAUGUAACGGUUUUGUAUUACAAAAUGCUACUAGCAUUGUUCCAGGAGUUGUCUUAAAUCCAGUUUCUACAGUUGAUGGACCACAGUAUGAAGUAACAAUAAAGGUUUUUAAGGAUCCAACAUCUGGAGAUUGGUGGCUCUACUUUGGACAUGAUGAUAAUCUCAAUCCAGUAGGAUACUGGCCAAAAUCACUCUUUACUUCCUUAGCAAAUAAAGCAACUAGAGUUGACUUUGGUGGACAAGUAACUUUCCCAAAGAGUGACACGGGUCCUCCGAUGGGUAGUGGACAUUUUCCAGAGGAUCAUAAGGCCGCUUACUUCAAAGAUACUAACUAUAUUGAUAAAAAUGGCGGUUUCUUUCUUCCGGAUAAUCCUGAUUUCAGAGUGGACAGUCCUGAUUGUUAUAAUCUUGGAGGUUUUGAUACUGAUCAUUUUUUAUAUGGUGGACCUGGUGGUUGUACUAAUUAG